UAGCAGCAUUUCCUUCAUUCUUGCUCGCGCCCAUUACUUCUUUAGGAAUCCUCGUUAGAGAUUGAGAGAGGAGUCCAAUUAGCUAGUUUUAAUUUAUCUUAUGGCGACUGCAAAGAUGGCCGUGGCGGGUCCUGCGGUGGUGGGGCUGGAGAGGAAGCCGGAAGGGGAGGCGGCGGAGCUGAAGAAGAGGAACGAGGAGCUGGAAGCGGAGCUGAGGGAGAUCAGGCAGAGGGAGGAGAGGAUGAGGACGGAGCUGGAGCGGGCUUGGGAGCGGCUGAGGGUGGCGGAGGAGGCCGAGGAGCGACUCUGCUUCCAGCUCGGGGAGCUCGAGGCCGAGGCAGUCGAGCAGGUGCGCGACUACCACGCCCGCAUCCGCUCCCUCACCGCCGAGCUCUCCCAGGCCCACAACCUCCUCGUCCUCCAGACAGCGGCCUCCCCUGCGGCCAGAUCAUAAUAACAUUACAUUAAUCAUUGUGAUCGGUACAUAUUAGGACUCCCGCGACCCGUCUGUACGAUUUCAUGCUGCUGCAGUGUGUAUUUUCGAUUGUAUCGUGGAAUUGUUCGAGUCGUCGGACGUUAUGAUUCCUUUAAUCAGAUUAGUUCUUGUCCUGUUUACGACGUCGAUGUGCAUGUCUAAGAUUGAUGUCGUGUGUGUAGUGUUAUCCUUCGGGGGCUGGUAAUUAAAUGAAAACCAUCUCUUGGGACC